AUGGCCACAGAGUUCAAGACAGGCGUUCUUAUUGUGGGUGGUGGUCCAGUAGGCUUGCUCAUAGCCUAUGGUCUUGCCAGACAAGGAGUGGACACCAUCGUCGUGGAGAAGCAUGACAAGGAGCAACAAGCUAUGUAUGGUCGGGCUACUACCCUCUUCCCACGGACACUAGAGAUGCUUGAUCAGCUGGAGCUUCUCGACGAGAUGAAUCAGAUCGGCUUUGUUGCCCGCAACAGUGUGACCUACAAGAAUGGCAAGCAGGUCACUUCGCGUGGCUGGCAUAUCAUGUAUGAGCGCAUGCACGGCACCUUUCUAGAUUACUGCUUGAAUAUCCGGCAGAAGUUCAGCGAGUCUGUGUACCGUGAUGCGUACUCUAGAAUCGGUGGCAAGCCUUUCAUUGGUUGGAAGCUUGAGGACUUCACAGUCGACAAUUCGAUGGAGGGAGACUUUAAGGUCACUUCACGUCUUACUCAGGUUAAUUCCGGUGAUGCUGUGACUGUAAAGAGUAAAUACAUCGUAGGAGCAGAUGGUGGCAGCUCCUUGGUCAGACGUCUUGCUGGAAUUCCUUUUGAAGGUGACCGCACCAAUUUCAAAUGGGUUCGCAUCGACGGCUACUUCAAGACAAACAUGCCUAACGCAGACGUUGGAUUUGCCUCUAUCGAGUCCAAGAGCCAUGGAAAUGUUCUGUGGGUUCAAUUGGACCACGGAGUCAAACGCAUUGGCUUCGCAAUGACCGAGGAGAUGCUUGCCAAGUAUGGUAACAACCUUACCGAAGACCAGGCUGUAGCAGAAGCCAUCAAGUCCAUGGAGCCGUUCAGCUUGGAAAUUGAAAAGGUCGAAUGGUGGACUCUGUACAGGUGGCCGAUGCUUUUUUCACCAGUGACAGUCUUGCUAGCGGGCGAUGCAUGCCAUACUCAUUCUUCCGGCGCUGCCCAGGGAAUGAACACUGGUAUGCACGGCGCCGUCAAUCUUGCUUGGAAACUAGGCGGUGUCGUCAAAGGCUGGUAUGGAUCCGAAAUUCUUCAAACCUACGAAGACGAACGUCGUCCGGCCGCGCAACAUCUCAUUGAGCUUGACAAGGCCUUCUCGGCCACAAUCUCAGGCACAGUGCCGGAAAAAUACAAAGACUCCCCGCUCAAUGCCAAUGAGCUGUUCACGAAGCUGUUCGAUGAGACCAUCUUGUUCAACAUUGGCCUCGGGAUUAGCUAUGGUGAAAAUGCUAUCAACAAAACCCCUUCCACGGGUAUGAUCUCAGCCGGCCAAAGAGGACCGGAUGCUCUGAUCAUGGCUCCGGGAUCUCGUGUCCCUGUGCGAUUAUAUCAAGUGACGAAGAACACUGGACAGUGGUGCAUCAUUGUCUUUGCGGGCAGGCCUGACGUUACCAGGGACGUGAUGUCAAAAUCGGUGCCAAUGCUGGAGGCACUUCAGUCAACACUUGCGAAGGAUAUGGUCAGAUUCAUCACCUUGGCUGCAGGAAGUGUUGAUGAUGGGGACAGCACCUUUGGAAACCCACGAGUUGGAAACAUUUACUAUGACCAGGAUCGUUCUGCUCAUGAAAGAUAUUCCAUUGCUACUUCCAAGGGUGCGGUAGUUGUCCUCCGGCCAGGCGGCAUUCUAGGCUAUGCGACAUCUCUUGAUGAUAUAAAUGGAGUCAAGAAUUUCUUUGCUGGUUUUGUUUUGUCUGCUUGA